AUGGCCUCCUCGACCCCGAUCGAUCCAGAGUCUCGCUCGUUCCUCGCCACGUUCGAACGCUGGCGGAUCGCCAUCACGUCCCUCACGCUCCCUGCGCCUGGACGUCCCUCACCGCUCCGAUGCGACGCCUCCACUUACGCCUCCACUUCCGCCUCCACGCCGUCCUGGUCCGAUGGUCAGAUCAUGCAACCCACCACGACCACGACCACGCCGACCUCUGACACAACCGCUACUGCCGCACCCGUGUCGGAACGAGAACGGAAACGACUCGUCAAGGAAUGCAAACGCUGCAAAAAAUGGACCGACGAACUCGCUCGCGAAUCACCCAUCAUCCGUUUCCUGCUCAUGCACGUCGCCCUACUCCCUCCCUCCCCUUCCGAAUCCACCCCUUCCCCCUCCAUCACCUCCUCUUCGCCCUCGUCUUCCUCUUCCACCUCCUACCCGAUCCCGAUCACCUGCCAACCCUGUCCGCCCACUCUGGCAGGCGGCUUCUGCCCGACGCUCGGCAUCCUCCUCUGCCAAAACCGCUUCAUGAGCAAGGCGCACCUCCAAGACGCCCUCGCCCACGAACUCAUCCACGCCUACGACGAUCGUCGGUUCGACAUGGGCAAAGCCGACGAUUGGGGCAAGGAUUUGCGAAAACACGCUUGUACCGAGAUCAGAGCCGAGAACCUCUCCGGCGAUUGUCGCUUCUCGAGAGAAUUCACCCGCAGGAAUUGGACUUUGACCAAGCAGCAUCAGGUGAGCGCGCACCCACGCCCAUCCACACGAUUCCCGAGUUGGACGUCAUCGCUCAUACCUCCGUGAGCGCACCACAGGCCUGCGUGAGGAGAAGGGCUACGCUCUCCGUCGCCGCGAACCCGUACUGCAAGGACGAGCAAGAGGCCCAAAAAAUCGUCAACGAGGUUUGGCACAGCUGCUGGCCCGAUACACGACCUUUUGAUGAGGUCAGCAACUUUCGCACAACCUCUCGCGUUGGAUCGGUCGGCUCUGACCCUCUACCCUUCCUCCAAACACAGAUCUACUAG